AUGUCCGCCAGCGGUCGUCGCUUCUGUCGCAGCCGUUGCCAAAGUUGUCAUUGUCAUCCGUACCAGCAAACGCAGCAGCAAAAGCAGCAGCAGCAGAAACAUCAAGCAGCAGCAGCAGCAGCAACUAGCAACUAGCAGCCACUUCGCAGCAGCAACAUCUAUAGGAGAAGCGGAGCAGCAGCAACAGCAGCAGCUUAAAAAUACAUUUUUCACAAUGAAGCAAACGAGCGGAGAUGGUAAAAUGUGUGCCACAGGAAACAACAGGAUGUCAGAGAAAUCCUCAAAGAAUCUGAACUAUAUAGACAACCAGAUGGAAAUAUCUCAAUAAACAUAAACAUAAACAAACAAAUAACAAAGCCGAGGAAAGGAAAAAGUCAGCGAGAGAAAUAAUUCACAAACAACCAGAAAGAAAGAAAGCUUUAACUAAAAUAUUUUUAACUAUACAAUAUACAUACAUAUAUAAAUUAAUUAUAGAAAUAGCAACCUAAGUGUUUAGUGCGUAAAAUACAAUUUUAAACAAAAUAACUGGGAAAAUCGAGCAAGUGUACAGACCAAAAAGUGAGGGCAGCUUCUGAUUUUCGGUGAUAUGGUGUAAAUGUGAUAAACAAAGUUCUAAAGAAAACAACAACAACAACAAAGAAACAAACAACCAAAUCGUUUUAAAACUCAAUUACCACAAUAACGAACAAAAUACCCUAAAAUAGUGUUUUAUUUUUCCUCCCUUCGCAAAGUUUUUUGCCACGAAAAUCCAAUACAAUAACUAUUUAUCUACAAAUACUAAGCCUUGCAUCUUAUAAAAAACAAAUAAACUAAACUAAGAGUAAACUAUUCUAAGUCGCACAAAACCAAAGCAAAUCGAGUGAAAACAUCAGCGUCAGAGAUUUUUGGUUCAACCUUUUUUAUAAAAAAGUAUUCUCUCAACUGCACUGCCGUAACUUUUCGACAAAUAUGAUUUUUUUCUGAAAGAAUAAAAACCAAAAUAUUCGUACAAAUAUAAACUAAACUAAACGAAAAACUAAGCAAAAAUUCUUAUGAGCCGCAGACAACAAAAACAUCAAGAAAUAAAAGACAAAACUAACCAAUAAUGAAAAUUUGUUAACAAAUUUUUGGAGCUACAUAAAACCCUGUAAACAAAAUGCAAUAGUUUAACUCA